CCGGAGCAGGCGGUGCAGAGUUAAUGUACAGUACCGCGGAGCCUGCAAGCGCUCUGGGCUGCUCAGAGCCCUGGGGUGGCACAGCCCAGGGCAGACGAGGCUGCGAAGAAGAGCCCAAAAAGGUUGCAGCCUGGGGGAAGUUCGGCGUGGGGGACUCCACCAGGACAGGAGCCUGUUCCCAUUGUGUUUGUAAAAGCAUGCAAGGUCUGUAUAGCUUGGGCGUGAAAAAUCUUGCAGGGAUGUCAGCGGAGCAGAGUUAAAUGACAUCUAACUGAGGGGAGGGGGGGAGUGAAUUUGGGGUGAGGCUUAAAAGAGAGCGAGCCAGCCAGCCAGCCGGGGCCAGGCAUUCUUAGACAACGGAUACCUUGCAGCUGUGAACAUUUCAUUGUCCUUCCAAGGCAAGAUAUGAAAAGCCCACACAUGGUUUUGGUGACAACAAAUUGAAGGGAUUCUGCAGAGAAAGGAUCGGAUCGAUAGCUUAGUCAUUUUACUUGCAGCGAGCAGGCAGCCUGAUUUACGGGGUGAGCAGCGGGCAGAUGAAUUUCUUUAUGCCAGCCCCCUCUGAACUCAUGAUGGUAGCUGAUGCUAAGCCUGUCCUGCAAGGCAGAAAUCCCUCCUGGCCUUCCCACUUGUGCACUGGAAACCAGCAAUUCUGAGACUCGGUGGUGGGGGGAAGAAGUUGGUUUGGGCGAUUACGUACAUGGUUCCUGGCCCCUCUGCCCAGGUCUUUUGUCCUCCACGUCUCAGACCAUAGUCCAGCGUUAAAGUGACCACACAUGAAUAUGUGCCUAAGAAAGAAGAAAAAGCAAUAUUCCCUCCUAAAAGACAGCAUGGCCAAGCAGCGUGAAGUUUUCCGUGUCCCUUCUAACACUUCUUUAACAAGGAUAACAAGAAACUGUCUUUUGACUCCUUUCUUCCCACAUUUCAUAGUCCUUCCCGCGAGGAUGCGUUAAUUUACACUCAAAGCAAGUUGGAUUUCACCGAGACAAUCUUUGCCAUCCUUUAGGAUUAGCCAUUGGACUUUCGUGGUGUUGGCUUGACUAGAGAAGCCUCCAUGGACGGACCCAUCCCUGCAAUGCUGUGUGGUGUUUCUUUCUUCAAAUCCUGGGAGGGUUUUUGGUUGUUGCUGUUUACUUCUGGGGGAUUUGCUUUCCUUUCUUUCUCCGAAUUCAAUACUUGUUGCAAUAAUUGCCCAUGGUAGCUGCUUUAGCAAGAGAGUUUGGAAUUCAUCUGUGAAAAUCACUACAUGUAACACGGGAGACGAGGAAAAUAUUAAUGAGCGAAGAGCUGCGGACAUGAUGCAUGUGAACAAUUUCCCCUUUCGAAGGCAUUCCUGGAUAUGCUUAAAGUCGGUGCCAGCAUCACUUUGAAGAGGACCAAUGGAGGAAAGAUAUCGUGGAGAGCAAGUAGAAGUGAACAGAACCCAGCAGAAACAGAAACAAUUGUAGGGGGAAUUUAAACAGCAGCUGAUACUUAAGAGCUAAUCCAGAAGCAACCAAGCAAAUAACAUUGCCCUAUGCAAAGGAGAGAAGAUUCCAUAGUCAUAAGCUUUGAUGUGGACAAUGGCACAUCUGCAGGACGGAGUCCCUUGGAUCCCAUGACCAGCCCAGGAUCAGGGCUCAUCCUCCAGGCAAACUUUGUGCAUAGUCAACGCCGGGAGUCCUUCCUGUAUCGAUCUGACAGCGACUAUGAUCUCUCUCCAAAGUCUAUGUCUCGGAACUCCUCCAUCGCCAGUGAUAUACAUGGAGAUGACCUGAUCGUGACUCCAUUUGCUCAGGUCUUGGCCAGCCUGCGAACUGUACGGAACAAUUUUGCCGCAUUAACUAAUUUGCAAGAUCGAGCGCCUAGCAAGAGAUCACCCAUGUGCAACCAACCAUCCAUCAACAAAGCCACCAUAACGGAGGAGGCCUACCAGAAACUGGCCAGCGAGACCCUGGAGGAGUUGGACUGGUGUCUGGACCAGCUAGAGACCCUGCAGACCAGGCAUUCUGUCAGUGAAAUGGCCUCUAACAAGUUUAAGAGGAUGCUAAACCGGGAGCUCACCCAUCUCUCUGAAAUGAGCCGUUCUGGAAAUCAAGUAUCUGAAUAUAUAUCAAACACAUUCUUAGACAAACAGCAUGAGGUGGAAAUUCCUUCUCCAACUCAGAAGGAAAAAGACAAAAAGAAAAGGCCCAUGUCUCAGAUCAGUGGAGUCAAGAAGUUGAUGCACAGCUCCAGUUUGACGAACUCAAGUAUCCCAAGGUUUGGGGUGAAGACGGAGCAAGAAGAUGUCCUGGCCAAGGAGCUAGAAGAUGUGAACAAGUGGGGUCUCCACGUUUUCAGAAUAGCAGAGUUAUCUGGUAACCGGCCUCUGACUGUUAUCAUGCACACCAUCUUUCAGGAACGGGAUUUGUUAAAAACGUUUAAGAUUCCAGUAGACACGUUAAUUACAUAUCUUAUGACUCUCGAAGACCAUUACCAUGCUGACGUGGCCUAUCACAACAACAUCCAUGCUGCGGAUGUUGUCCAGUCUACUCAUGUGCUGCUGUCCACACCUGCUUUAGAGGCUGUGUUUACAGAUUUGGAGAUUCUUGCAGCAAUUUUUGCCAGUGCAAUACAUGACGUAGAUCAUCCUGGUGUGUCAAAUCAAUUUCUGAUCAAUACAAACUCUGAACUUGCCUUGAUGUACAAUGACUCCUCUGUCUUAGAGAACCAUCAUUUAGCCGUGGGUUUCAAAUUGCUCCAAGAGGAAAACUGUGACAUUUUCCAGAAUUUGACUAAAAAGCAAAGACAAUCCUUAAGGAAAAUGGUCAUUGACAUUGUACUUGCAACAGACAUGUCGAAACACAUGAAUCUACUGGCUGAUUUGAAAACCAUGGUUGAAACUAAGAAAGUGACAAGCUCUGGGGUUCUCCUUCUUGAUAAUUAUUCUGAUAGGAUCCAGGUCCUUCAGAAUAUGGUGCACUGUGCAGAUCUGAGCAACCCCACGAAACCUCUGCAGCUGUACCGCCAGUGGACAGACCGGAUCAUGGAGGAGUUCUUCCGCCAAGGAGACCGGGAGCGUGAGCGCGGCAUGGAGAUAAGCCCUAUGUGUGAUAAGCACAAUGCAUCUGUGGAAAAGUCACAGGUGGGUUUCAUCGACUACAUUGUACAUCCACUCUGGGAGACCUGGGCGGACCUCGUCCAUCCCGAUGCCCAGGACAUCCUGGAUACGUUGGAGGACAAUCGUGAGUGGUACCAGAGCACAAUUCCUCAGAGUCCCUCUCCUGCACCUGACGACCAAGAUGAAGGCCGGCAGGGCCAAACUGAAAAAUUCCAGUUUGAACUGACUUUAGAGGAAGACGGAGAGUCGGACACUGAAAAGGACAGCGGCAGUCAAGUGGAGGAAGACACUAGCUGCAGCGACUCCAAGACUCUGUGCACCCAAGACUCGGAGUCCACUGAAAUCCCCCUUGAUGAACAAGUUGAAGAAGAAGCCGUUGGGGGAGAAGAGGAGAGCCAGUCCCAAGCCUGCAUCAUAGGUGACUCUUCUCCUGACACGUAACAGUGCAAAGACUGUCAUGCUUCUUCUUCUUCUUCUUUUUUUUUUUUUUUAAGUAGAAAAAAAAAAUUGUUUCCAAAGUGCAUGUCACAUGCCACAACCAUGGUCACACCUCACUAUCAUCUGCCAGGACAUUUGUUGAACAAAACUGACCUUGAACUACUCAGGCGCUCAGGAAUAUAGUAACCAAUUUUUGUUAUUGUUGUUGUUGUUUUCUCCCUCCACCCCCCAUGUCAUCAGAGGAAGGGGGCGUCUUCAUGAACAUGAUUUUAACAUGAUUUCAGCUUAUGAUAAAGCUGAUUUAAAAAAAAAUAAGCAGAUAAAAAAAAAUCAACUCCAAAAUAUUUCCAAGGGAGCGUGGCUCAUCAGACAGCCCCAAA